AUGCUGCUAGCGUUCAAAGCAAAGUUUAGUGAAGAAAGUCUCAGAGCGAAUGAUGCUAGCUUUGGCGAAUAUCUGGAUGAAAGAAAAUUGAACUACGAUAACAUUGCUUCUGUUCUCAGAAAGCUGAACACUAUUGAGGAUAUCGCCCACAUGAAUCAAUAUGCUCAGCUACUCCAAAGGAAUGUAAUAGUUAGACAUCUUCAACAUCCUCAAGAGCAGGCUGAUAAAAGCGCAAAAUUUUACAAACUGAGAUUUGGCCAGUUACCCAUUAAUCCCAAAGAUGUCAUUGAGGCUCAUGUGGACGAGCUAAUACUUAUUUCUGAAGAAAGUCUGCGAGCAAGCCCAUUGCCGACUCCGCUGUUCUUGGCACAGCUGCCACAUGUACAUGAGCACCACGGCGCAGGGAAUCAAAUGUGUCGGUAUUUUGGCAGUAUUGUUCGGGUGAAUAACACUUUUGUGAUUUUCAAAAGCCGCGAUAUACCCGCUAAGGUAUUGAAAAAGAAAUGGACUGUAGUCUUUAGGUCGAACCGCGUGAUGUUUCGUUUUAUUUAUAACGUACUCGAUGUACUUAAGAAUUGUCGAAUCUAUCGACAAUAUCUACUUCCCAUUACUGAUGUCAGCCAGCCAAUGGUGACUGCCACCUUGGCAGAAAUUUCCCCGAUCAACACUGAAAUUGCGACUAAUGCUGAGCAGCUGCAGGCUGUUCGGCAUAUUAUCUCUGGAGCCAGCACACUUUCGCCAUACAUUGUAUUCGGACCACCAGGCACUGGAAAAACCACAACCGUAGUGGAGGCUAUUCUUCAACUGUAUGUUCUCAAUAAGGGCCGCAUCCUGGUGACAGCGGGAUCCAACUCUGCCUGCGAUACAAUCGCUCUGAAGAUGUGUGAAUAUAUUGAGAAUCACGAAAAGUUUGCCGCUUUGCCCAUCGACGAGAAAAGAGAUGCGGUGUUGCGCCUGUUCUCAAAAUUAACAUACUUAGAUGGACGAUUGCGUUCUGUACAUCCCUUGGUAUUGAAAUACUCGAAUUACUCCGAUUGUCACAUCCAUCGAGAUUUAAAAGACUAUCGAAUAAUUGUGACUACCUUAUGCAUGGCUGGCAGUCUCGCAUUCAGAAAAAAAGGUUUGCCUUUUGCAUAUGUUUUCGUUGAUGAGGCAGCCGCUUCCACUGAGCCCGAGACGCUGCUUGGCAUUGUGGGCAUUAAGGAUACCGCUUGCCACGUAAUACUUUCCGGUGACCACAAGCAGUUGAGCCCCGUUGUCAUUGACAAGUGUGCAGACACGCUGGGUCUGCGCCAGUCCCUAAUGGAGCGUCUGAUGCUGAGCAAGCCGUACGAGGUGGAUGCCGAGGGCAACUAUGAUUGCACGAUACAAACGCGAUUGCGUUACAACUAUAGAUCCCAUCCAAAGAUUGUGGGUCUGUUCAAUAAGCUAUACUAUAACGACGAGCUUAUUGCGAUGGCCCCACCGUCGAGCGUGAAUUUGGCCGCAUCAUGGAGCCACUUGUCAAACGCGCAGUCUCCUAUUUUAUUCCAUGCAGUAUUUGGGAAAACAAGCCGCAGUCCGCACUCAAUGAGCAGCUACAACGAUCAAGAGGCCAAGGUGGUGGCGUGGUAUAUUAGAACCAUGCUCAGGAGGGGCAUUGGUAAUGGCGUCAAGCCGCAGGCGCAGGACAUUGGCGUCAUCACGCCAUAUGUGGCACAGUGUGAGCGGCUUAGGCACUUUCUGCGCCAACAGGGCCAUCAGGCUGUGGAGGUCUGUACGGUGCACAAAUGCCAGGGCCAAGAGAAGCCAAUAGUUGUUGGCUCCCUGGUUUGCUCCAAUGCUGACACGACCUUCGUGGCCAAUCCACAACUGCUGAAUGUGCUAAUCUCGCGAGCCAAGUCGCUAUUGAUAUUGAUUGGCAAUCCGUCUACUCUGGCUAAGAAACAAGAUUUUCGCUAUAUAAUUGAGCAAUGCAAACUGAGUGGAAACUUUUUGGGUGUGCACAACUCUUGA